CAAUCCCGCGGACUUAAACGCCCCACCAAGUAUCACACAGCGUGUCGUCGUGACUGGAAGGUAUGUUUAUUUCUUUUUGGAAAGAUGCUUUUUCUCUUGCUCUCUCUCUCGUAAGCACGUAGUGACAAGCACAAGGAAUAGUUGCGAUGAUGCCGAUUGGAGAGCUACUUCCCGGCUGGAGGCUUUGAAUCCGUCCAUCCAUUCGAUUGGCGAUCCCUUGUUUCCUGCCUGGUUUUUCUGUCUGGAUUUCUAGAAACACCAUGAAGCUAUGGCGAACGCCGCUGUUACAUCGAUCAUAGUGGUCGUCUUCACGCUGCUCAAUCUGUGGUUCGUUUACUUGUCUUUCCUUCCAGGCCAGGAUUUUGAGGCGGAGCUCGCCGCCAUCAACAGCAGGAUCCGGGAUUCAUUGUCAGACACACCCAGCAAUGCAAAGGAGACAACCGGUGAUGCUCCAGCUCCAUCUCCUUCAGGAUCAGAAAAAAAUGACCAAGCCACGGACACCCCAGAGGAGAGAUCCAGCAAUCCACCAUCAAGCUCAGGAGAAAAGUGUGAUCUUUCAAAGGGUAACUGGGUGCCCGAUUCAACACCUCCGCUCUACACCAACGAGACGUGCAAGUUCAUCCAGCCGAACCAAAACUGCGUGAAAAAUGGAAGGCCCGACCUCACGUACCUCAACUGGAGGUGGAAGCCCGACGAUUGCGAGCUGCCACCUCUGGAUCCCCGCGACUUCCUUCGCCGCAUGACAAACAAAAAGAUGAUCUUCAUCGGCGACUCCAUGGCCAGAAACCAUAUGCAAUCUCUCCUCUGCGCGCUCGCCCAAGUGGAAGAGCCCCACAAGCUCGAGAGACCCCAGAUCAUCUUCUUCGAGGAGUCGGACAAGGAGAUGCGGUGGGGAUUCGACCGCCACAACUUCACGCUCACGCACAUCUGGUCACCGUUCCUCGUCAAGUUCUCGCCUGGAACAUCUCCUAGCGAUCCCUACCGCGUCUUCCUCGACACCCCGGACGAUAUCUGGGCCUCCAAGGUCCUCCAGUACGACGUUGCGGUGAUCUCCACGGGAUACUGGUACUACCGCCCCAGCGUCUACUACAACUCCUCGAAAGUUCUUGGUUGCAACCCAUGCAAUGCUGCUGGCGACGGUGUCACUAAGGUCGACCAGCUAGAGGCCUACCGGUUAGCGUACCGCAGCGUCCUGGGCUACCUGCUGCGGGAGUUCCGCGGUGUUACCAUCGCGAGGACGGUGACGGUCGAUCACUUCGAGCACGGGGCGUGGUACACCGGCGGGGUGUGCAACCGUACCGUGCCAUACUCCCCCGGGAGCGUACGGCUGCCCUUCAUGAGCAGCGGGAUGAACAGGAUCCAGAGGGAGGAGGUGGAGAGAGCAAAGGUGGCGGAGGUAGAGAGAGGAAAGGUGGCGGGGCUGGCGAAUGCUGGUAGGUUUGAUGUUUUGGACGUCACUUACAGCGCAUUCAUGAGGCCAGAUGGGCAUCCAAAUUUCUUCAAGACACAGGAACCAGGUAAGCCACGGAGAAAUGACUGCUUGCACUGGUGCUUACCAGGGGCUGUGGACACAUGGAACCAUUUCAUUUAUCAAAAGCUUUUGACUUAGAUAUGACAGAUAUUCCCAAAUAGUUGUGAGCUUUCUUCUAA